GGAACGAGCCGUGGGGAGAGGCCCAGGAAGAGUAGCGGAGGGGAAGCCCCUCUUCGCUUCUAUCGCCCGCCGCUCCACAGCGUUGUCGACGGGAGCGGGAGGGAUUUGACGGUACUACGAGAAGAGGGGAGUGGUGGGGGCUUUAGUCUGUGAAAGGCGUGAUUCUUUUGCUCUCCCUGAGUUCGCCAUCUGUUGGAUUGUCUCGGUGGAGCUUUCAGGAUUGCUGAAAAGCGGCUACUUUGCUGUCAAUUCUUUGCCCCAUGUCAACUGCCUGACAGCUUCAAGAGAGAUGGAUAUGGUGCCGUGAAUCUGUAAUCAUAAAUUCGAUUCCGAGCUGUACUUGUGAUAGGAAUGGCGGAUAAGAGGUUGCAAGCGGUUGAGAAGAAGAGUGACGUCUUCUUCCUCCCCUUUCCAGAGCUGGGCUUUUCAUGGAACGAGGGACUUUACCCCUCCGGUGGCUUGUUUGCGAGUGUUGGACAGAUGGGAGUCGGCUUUGGGGUUUCUCCUAAUCCUCCUAACCCCAGUGAUAACAGUGUAAACGUGCCUGGGACUGAUCUCUAUGUGAAGUAUGUUUCCCCAGAUGUUGGGUAUCGUGUUCUGGGGACUCCUGCCGAGCCGGCAGCAGAAGCGACUAAUGUCAUAGCAGAAGUGGUGGCUAAUAAGAAAGAGAAGAAAGGUGGGCUGAAAGCAAGGAUUAGAAUUGGGAACCUGCACUUCAGAAGGUUGAUCAGUGGAGCAAUUGCUGGGGCAGUGUCACGGACUGCAGUUGCACCGUUGGAAACGAUCAGGACACAUCUUAUGGUCGGAAGCAAUGGGAACUCGACAACGGAAGUCUUCCAGUCAAUUAUGGAGACAGAGGGUUGGAAGGGACUAUUCCGUGGUAAUUUUGUCAAUGUCAUCCGUGUUGCACCAAGCAAGGCCAUAGAGUUAUUUGCUUAUGAUACAGCUAAGAAGGUUUUAACCCCCAAGGAUGGGAAACCUCCAAAACUUCCUGUCCCCUCCUCGCUAGUUGCUGGGGCAUUUGCUGGAGUCAGCUCAACCCUCUGCACUUAUCCUUUAGAAUUACUCAAGACUCGACUAACCAUACAGAGAGAUGUCUAUGACAAUCUUCUACACGCAUUCCUGAAAAUUGUAUAUGACGAGGGUCCCUCAGAACUGUACAGAGGUCUGACUCCGAGUCUCAUAGGAGUCAUGCCAUAUGCAGCUACAAACUACUUCGCUUACGAGUCCCUAAAGAAAUUCUACAGAAAGACAUUCGAGACAGAGGAAAUAGGCAGCAUCGCCACUCUUCUGAUUGGUUCAGCGGCCGGUGCCAUUUCGAGUGGCACAACCUUCCCACUUGAAGUUGCUCGGAAACAUAUGCAAGUCGGAGCUGUGGGUGGCAGGCAGGUCUACAAGAAUAUGCUUCAUGCUUUCUUGAGCAUAUUGGAAAAGGAAGGAAUUGGGGGGCUGUACAAAGGGUUGGGGCCAAGCUGGAUGAAGCUGGUGCCUGCUGCAGGGAUCUCAUUUAUGUGCUAUGAGGCUUGCAAAAAGAUUUUAAUCGACGAGGAGGAUGCAUAAUUCCAGCAGAUUUUUCUAACAAAGAGGAUGAAGCCAUGAAUGAAGAGUGAGAUCUCAAGCCAUAUUUUUCUUUGGAACUGUUGAUGGAGCUUCUCACGUGGAGCCGUUUUCCUUUUGUUUCUUGUCUUGCUCUUACAAUUAUUCUUUUUAUGUUUUACAUUAGAACUAAGAGAUUAUAUUUUUGCAUCUGAAAAGGUCAGCAAAGUUUUAGAUAUAUGAAGAUGUUAUGGAUGAACCGAACAAGUCAUUCUUGUUUAUGGAUUUUGGCAUCUUUAGAAGAUAAAAGGAAUUUUGUGA